AUGUCCUUCAAUCGGUGCAGCCGCCAGGCCUCGAAGCUGUUGGCGACCAACGGAAGCUCCUUGAGAGCUGCGACCUCGACGCUAUAUCGUUCACAGAGAGCUGCCAGCAUCCACCCCUCACAAGUAGCCUCUCAGAAACGCAAUGUGUCUGAUACUCAUCAUGAUAGCCAACAAAAGUUGCUCUCCACACACCUCGAGGAAGCCGAUCCCACGAUCUUCGCCAUUCUACAAAAAGAAAAGCAAAGACAAAAGCAUUUCAUCAACUUGAUCCCAUCCGAGAACUUCACAUCCCAGGCCGUUCUCGAUGCACUUGGCAGUGUGAUGCAAAACAAAUAUUCCGAGGGAUACCCUGGAGCUAGAUAUUACGGCGGUAACGAGUUCAUCGACCAGGCCGAAUCGCUAUGUCAGAAACGUGCUCUGGAGACUUUUAGAUUGAAUCCCGACGAAUGGGGCGUCAAUGUCCAAGCUCUCUCGGGUUCACCUGCAAACUUGUACGCAUACUCCGCUCUACUCAACACCCACGACCGUCUCAUGGGACUCGACCUACCCCAUGGCGGCCAUUUGUCUCACGGCUACCAAAUCCCCAACAAGAAAAUCUCGUUUAUUUCCAAAUACUUCGAAACCCUCCCGUAUCGUCUCGACGAGUCCACCGGCUUGAUUAACUACGAUCAACUAGAAGAAUUGGCCAAUAUAUACCGCCCCAAGUUGAUCGUUGCAGGCACAUCCGCUUACAGCAGACUGAUUGACUAUGCCCGAAUGCGCAAAAUCACCGACUCGAUUGGCGCAUACCUCCUUAGUGAUAUGGCUCAUAUCUCGGGUCUUGUUGCCGCCGACGUCAUCCCCUCUCCCUUCUCAUACUCCGAUGUAGUCACAACGACAACGCACAAGUCGCUGCGUGGUCCUCGUGGCGCCAUGAUUUUCUACCGAAAGGGUGUUCGUCGCACUGACAAGAAGGGUAACCAGGAAAUGUACGAUCUUGAGAACCCUAUCAACGCCUCGGUCUUUCCUGGGCACCAGGGUGGUCCCCACAACCACACCAUCACAGCUCUUGCUGUUGCUCUAGGACAGGCCCAAACCAAGGAGUUCCGCGAGUAUCAACUCACCGUUCUCGAAAAUGCCAAGGCUCUAUCUGACAGACUCGGCAACUCCGUCAACGAAGGCGGAUUGGGAUACAACAUUGUUUCCGGUGGUACAGACAACCAUUUGGUCCUCGUCGAUCUCAAGAACCGCGGUGUAGAUGGCGCACGCGUCGAGCGAGUUCUUGAACUCUGCGGUGUCGCCGCUAACAAGAACACCGUCCCCGGUGACAAAUCCGCUCUCAAGCCCGGCGGUCUUCGUAUCGGAACACCCGCCAUGACUUCGCGCGGUUUCCAGCCAGAAGAUUUCCGACGGGUCGGAGACAUCGUUGAUCGCGCUGUUACAAUCACGCAAAAGCUUGACAAAGCUGCAAAGGAGAGCGCGGAGGCCAAGGGACGCAAGAACCCUGGAGUCUUGAAGGCGUUUACAGAGUACGUUGGAAACGGAGAUGAUAUUUCAGAAAUUGUACAAUUGCGACGAGAAGUUGAGGACUGGGUGGGAACAUUUGAUGUUCCAUGGAAGGAUGAAUAG